CUGUUUUUCUGCGAUUUUUUCAACAUAUUAGGGUGGUUUUUUCUUACCCUGACGGGUCGUAAAGGGUUGUCCUUCGUUUUGUAGGUUCAUCAACACCUCAAUGAGCUGUGUGCAAAGUUUUAUCAACGCACACAAUUUUUUACUAUUUUUCUGCGAUUUUUUCAACAUAUUAGGGUGGUUUUUUCAUACCCUGACGGGUCGUAAGGGGUUUUCCUUCGUUUUGUAGGUUCAUUAACACCUCAAUGAGCUGUGUGCAAAGUUUUAUCAACGCACACAAUUUUUUACUAUUUUUCUGCGAUUUUUUUAACAUAUGGGGGUGGUUUUUUCCUAUCCUGACGGGUCGUAAGGGGUUGUCCUUCAUUUUGUAGGCUCAUCCACACCUUAAUGAGCUGUGUGCAAAGUUUUAUUAACGCACACAAUUUUUUACUAUUUUUUCGCGAUUUUUUCAACAU